CCACUUCAAAAACACUCUCUCUCUCUUAAGACUAAACAGUACUCUUAAGUCUUACUCAGUGUGAGAGAGAAAAAAUCAGAGUGGACUGUCCACUGAUAAACCCUCCUUUUCUUUUCCUUUUACUAUUUGUUUCUACACCAAUUUUCAUUCCAAAAAAUGCAUUUAAUUGGUUAGUACUACUUACCAAACAGAAAUUUAAAUUUGUUUCUCUCACUGUUUGUGCUUUUAAAUCUACAUUCCAAAUCCAAAACCUCAAAAACCCAAAAAAACUCAAAACUAACAACAACAACAAAAACACAAGUACAAUGGCAGCAAAAACACAAACAUAGUGAUCAUCGAGAUACCCAAAAAAGAAAACCAAAAUCAAAACCUUAUUUUUCCUUAAACCCACAAAAAAAACCAAGAUUUUCAUCAUGUUGUUGUUCUUGUUCCCUAAUUUACUCACAAUAAUAAUAUUCCUCUGUUUUACUUCCUCUGUUUUUUCAGUUUCAAAUUCAAACCCAGAACUUGAAUCUCUUGUUAAUCUAAAAUCUUCACUUGACCCAUCAAAUACAUAUCUUUCAUCAUGGUCUAACAAUGGUGACCCAUGUGAUGGAACCUUUGAAGGUGUGGGUUGUAAUGAAAAUGGUCAAGUGGCUAACAUAUCACUUCAAGGAAAAGGACUUAAGGGUCAACUUUCUCCAGCAAUUUCUGGGCUUAAACAUUUAACUGGAAUUUACUUGCAUUAUAACUCUCUUUUUGGUGAGAUUCCCAAGGAAAUUUCUUCUCUAACUCAUCUAGUUGAUCUUUACCUUGAUGUAAAUAAUCUUUCUGGGGUUAUUCCUCCUCAGAUUGGUAACAUGGAAAACCUUCAAGUUCUGCAGCUGUGUUACAAUAAGCUGACAGGAAGCAUACCAACACAACUGGGUUCUCUGAAGAAGCUCAGUGUUCUUGCAUUGCAGUCUAAUAACCUCACAGGUGCAAUUCCUGCAAGUUUAGGAGAAAUAGAAACCCUAUUAAGGCUUGAUUUGAGUUUUAAUCACCUCUUUGGUUCAAUUCCAACACCAAUUGCCGAAGCUCCUUUGCUCGAAUCUCUUGACAUUCGAAACAACACUCUUUCUGGCAAUGUUCCCCCUGCUCUCUUGAGAUUAAAUGAAGGUUUUCAGUAUGCAAACAAUCCAGGAUUAUGUGGAGUUGGUUUCUUGACUCUGAAAGUCUGUCCUGAUUCUGAUCACAUUGGUCAGAUCAGGCCUGAACCUUAUGGUGGAGGAGUUGCAACUUCAAAUGGACUUCCUAGAAAGGAGAUCCCUGAAACAGCGAAUGUUAAGCUUCCGGAUUGCAACCAAACCGGAUGUCCUAAUAACGCUCGAAAGAGUUCCCAUAAUGCUUCUAUUGCUGUAGGAGUUGUCGUGGUGGCACUUGCAAUGUCACUCAUUAGUGUUUUCAUCUUCACCAAAUAUCGUCGUACAAAACAGAAACUUGGGAGCUCUUUCGAGUUAUCUGACACCCGUCUUAGUACGGACCAGCCUCGGGAGUUUGGUAGGAAAAAUGGGUCUCCUCUGAUCAGUCUAGAGUAUCCUAACGGGUGGGACCCAUUAUCUGAUGUUCGGAGUUUCAAUGGUUUCUCAAACGAUGUGAUUCAAGGAUUUCGGUUUAAUUUAGAGGAAGUAGAGUGUGCUACUCAGUACUUCUCACCAUCUAACUUGUUGGGUAAGAGUGGCUUGUCGGCUGUGUUUAGAGGCGUCUUAAGAGAUGGUUCGGUUGUUGCUGUCAAGAGGAUUAGUAAGAGUAGUUGCAAGUCUGAGGAGGCUGAGUUUUUGAAGGGUUUGAAUGUUUUAACCUCUUUGACGCAUGAGAAUCUGGUUAGAUUGAGAGGUUUUUGUUGUUCACGGGGUAGGGGUGAAUGCUUUUUGGUCUAUGACUUUGUUUCCAAUGGAAAUUUGCUUAGUUACCUUGACCUGAAAGAUGGAGAUGCAAGUGUUCUUGAAUGGUCUACUCGAGUUUGGAUCAUCCAUGGCAUUGCCAAAGGAAUACAAUAUCUGCACAGCUCCAAAGUUAACAAGCCACUAGUUCACCAAAACAUUUCAGCUGAGAAGGUUCUCAUUGACCAACGAUUCAACCCUAUACUGGCGGAUAGCGGUCUCUACAAGCUCCUUACCAAUGACACUGUGUUCUCAACACUCAAGGCGAGUGCAGCCAUGGGCUACUUAGCUCCUGAGUACACCACAACUGGCAAGUUCACUGAAUUAAGUGAUGUUUAUGCUUUUGGCAUGGUGGUGUUUCAAGUCCUCUCAGGAAGGAGGAAAAUAACCAAUUCCAUUCGUGUUGGUGCUGAAUCAUUGCGAUCUCAAGAAUUUGUCGACCCAAAUCUUCAUGGAAGGUUCUCAGAGUUUGAGGCAGCUAAGCUUGCCAAGAUCGCUUUGAAUUGUACCCUUGAAUUGCCUAACGAAAGGCCUUCGAUGGAUGCAAUAAUUCUAGACUUAGGUAGUUGUACUAAUUGUUAUCGAUCUCCUUGACUUCAGGACUGAUUGAUACUAAUUAAGGGUUAGUCUCUCGUUAGAAUUUUCUGGUCUAUUUUGUCUGAGGGGGAACAUAUUUGUUUCAUGAAGUCAAGAUGUGAUUUGUAGGCUGUAGGGUACUUGUAUUAACUAGUCUUUUUUUCUGGAGAAAUGCAAUGAGAUCUCCUGUUCUUAGUUUGUGGUAGUACUCACGAUAUUUCAUGUUAUGUACUAUGGACUAUGGUAUUCAA